AUGUUACUCCUCCUACAAACGGCUUUCCUCAUGUGGCUCCGUCGGUGUUCCUCCUCCUCCGACAACAUUCGUCCUCCUCCUCCCGACGGCAGUCCUCUUACGGCUCCCGAUGGGGUUCCUCCUCCUCCUCCUCCCAAUGAUCUUCCUCUUGUGGCUUCCGAUGAUCUUCAUCUCAGUUAUAUUCAUUUGUUUGAUUUUGAUCAAAAAUGGCGUCGGAUGCGCAAGGAUGAUCCAAAACUCUCCAUUCUUUUGAGUGGACCAUCUCGCUUGGCGUAUGAAAUGCUAGGGUUGGGAGGCAUUCCCGACGGUGUUCCUCUUGCGGCUCUUGAAGGUGUUUCUCUUGUGGCUCCGAACGGCGUUCUUCUUGCUGCUCCUGUUAGUGUUUCUCUUGCGGCUCCCGACGACGUUACUCGUCCUCCCAACGGCUUUCCUCUUGUGGCUCCCGUCGGUGUUCCUCCUCCUCCCCACGACAUUCGUCCUCCUCCUCCCGACGACAGUCCUCUUACGGCUCCCGAUGGGGUUCCUCCUCAUCCUCCUCCCAAUGAUCUUCCUCUUGUGGCUUCCGAUGAUCUUCAUCUCAGGUGUUCUCUUGUGUCUCCCGUCGGCGUUCCACUUGCUGCUCCUGUCAGUGUUUAUCUUGCGGUUCCCAACGGCGUUACUCCUCCUCCCAACGACUUUCCUCUUGUGGCUCUCCAAAAAUGGCGUCGGAUGCACAAGGAUGAUCCAAAACUCUCCAUUCUGUUGAGUGGACCAUCUCGCUUGGCGGAUGAAAUGCUAGGGUUGGGAGGCACUCCGGCGGGGGUUCCUCUUGCGGCUCUCGAAGUGUUUCUCUUGCGGCUCCCGACAAUGUUACUCCUCCUACAAACGGCUUUCCUCAUGUGGCUCGUCGGUGUUCCUCCUCCUCCCGACAACAUUCGUCCUCCUCCUCCCGACGGCAGUCCUCUUACGGCUCCCGAUGGGGUUCCUCCUCCUCCUCCUCCCAAUGAUCUUCCUCUUGUGGCUUCCGAUGAUCUUCAUCUCAGUUAUAUUCAUUUGUUUGAUUUUGAUGUUGAACCUAUGGAAAUCUAA